AUUUGUUACUUCCUUGUUGAUAUAUAAAUAAAAAAAGGAAAUAGGAACGACAUCUUCUCGUUUAUGCUGUAAUCACAGUUUGACGAAGGUUUUGUGUGAUAAAUGAAGAAUGAAAUAAUCUUAUGAUUUACACUUUUUUCAAGGCAACAUAUUCUUUACAAGACAAUGAUUUGAAUCGCAAACUAACAUGCCUCACGUGUGUCUGUUGUACUCCUCAGAAGAUGGCCAGAAUUGGCAAAAAUAUUUCACCAAUCUAUUACAGAAGUCCAAAUUAACUCAUACAUCAUGCAGUUUGAAGGAAACUGCUGAGGACUUGGAAACGACGUUUUCGAAAUGUCAGGUGGUUGUGUUAAUAUUAACCAGUGAUUUAGUGGACUCUCUCAGAGAGCCAAACCAUCCUAUUCAUGAUAAACUUAAUGAGCACCAAAGAGUAGCUGUGAUAUCUUGGCCUUCUUUGAAGGAAGAACUGACCCAAGUUAAAGGGGCUUUUUCUAACUCCUCACACUGGAGAGAGCUUUUAAGUGAAGGAAGCGCUGAACAAUGUAAACAGAUUGUGGCAGAUCUGGCCGGAAUGGUGGACGAACAGGAGGGAAAUAAAAAGAAAAAGAGAAGACGUAGAAGAAACAACAUCGAGAUUUUACCGGACAGAGUACAUAAGUGCAAUGAGAAAAUCGCCAUCAUCUUUCAAGAGGUUCCAUCAGGAACGGUCCAGAUCAAGCUGGAGGGAGGAGAUUUCAUUGACUGCAAACGUCAGAACGAUUACACGUAUACGUUUAAAGCGCCAUUGCAUGAAUUCGGUGUAACGAAGUUAGCAGUGUAUGUUGACGCCAAAGUCGCGCACCAGUGUCCAUUUACUUACCAAACUCCCUCACUAGAAGCUUUCCGAUCUAUAAGUUUCCUUGCGCAGGCUUUAGGACUAACCAAAGACAACAUGGAGGAACUAGACCGGAAACUGGUGGAGAUUUACGAAUCCAGUGUUCCUGCUGAUCUCUCUCUCCACCAAGCUGCCAGUUCUUACAUGAUCUCCAAUAGGGUGGGGCGUAGUGAUUUUGGAAUCCCUACACUUCUCCAUUUCGCUGCCCAGUAUGGAUUGACAGAACUUUGUUGUGCUGUUCUCGAUACGCCGGGUUCUCUGGCUGCAUUCCAUAUAGAAAAUAAAGAUGGCUUAGAUCCGGCUCAAAUCGCCGAUAAAGAGGGGUUCCAUGAACUCGCCAAUUUUAUAAGAAUGUUUGUUAUUUCAUAUGAAGGACCUCCUUCUAGCUUUCAGGAGACGGCAGCAGUUAUAGAGGUAUCAGAUGAACUUUAUUUAUCCAUGACAGGAGAACACCUCUACAACAACAGGUCUGAAAUCUCAAAAGAACCCCAGGAAGAAAAAGACAAACAAGAAAAAUUACAUGCUAGUAAAACUAAGAAGAAAUUACCACCUGUUCCUAGAAAGCAUAAGUCUGUGAUAUCUAAGGCUGUGAGUCAACCUAUUAUAGAAGAAGAAACCGAAGAAUCCAAGCAAGACAAACCUACGAGGAAGCAGUUACCUCCCCCACCCGGAAGACUAUCAAAAUCAAUGAGUGAUCAGACGUUACACGUGUUAGAAGAAGAACAAACGCCUCAAAAACCUAGUCCGCCUCCUGUCCAACGGAAGCCUAUCAAAGAACCAGAACCUACAAAAACAGAGGAGAGUAACCGCGGGAGAGAACCCAAAUCUUCUCCAGAGGACAAAAAGAGGAAGUCACCCAGAAGUUUGUCUCCUGCAGAAUUUAUGGGAAUGACUGGAGAGGGGUUGAAUAUAAAAAAGAGCCCCGGAAGUUUAGGGUCGUCUUCGUUAGAAGAGCUCAUUGAAAUCCAGCGGGGAGUUUCCGAGAAGGAGUUUUCUAUAGAGGAAGCAGAACAGCUUUAUGGUGCUUGGAAAGAGAGAAAUCGAAGUUUGAGAACAUCUAUCAAAGAUCGACACAGGGGACUUGAAGAGAUGAGGAACACGUACGCUACCGUCAUCACGCAAGCUAAAAUGCAAGGGGAACGACGAUCUAUCUUUGAAAGACUAAAAAGUACCUUCGGCAAUAGAAAGUCUUCCAAACCCGAAAUAGUCUUCCCCCAACCUAAUAUCAAGCAUACAACUUACGAGCGAGUGACAGAUUGGACAAACAGGGCCAGUACACUCAGUUCAUCAAGUUCUGCAUCUGGGUCGUCACGUGACAGUAGGAUGAGUAUAAGCUCACAAGACAGUGUGUAUAACUCCACAGACAGUGAAAGUGAGGAAGAUGAGUCUUCCCAGAAGCGAGGAAAACCGACCAGUGGAGAUACAAGAGGCCAAAUAUUCAACAAGCAUUUAGAUGUGAAUAGAAGCAAAAUAUAUUCAAUGGCAAAACGGUUGUCCUACAAAGAGCACUACCUCCAGCAGUCAAUAUCCGUGGACAAGGAUGGCCCCCCUCCCGUACCCCCCAGAGGCAGCAAACCUAAAUGACACAUUGUUACCACGUAAAUAUGGACGAACUUUGUACGUGAUUAUAGAACGAGAGUACUGUAAACAAACUGAUAAAAUUG